AUGUCGUGCUACAAGAUAUGCCCACGGGAAGGGGAGGUAUGGGCAAUGCACAAAGAUUGGAAUGCGAGAUGGGGAGUGUCGGACUAUGAAAGGAGUCGAUGUAUGAUUGUUCGAGUCGAGUCAAGUGCUGAAGAAGGGAGUAAUGGGAUCACUGUGAGUAGGCUGAGGGAGGUAGAAGGUUGCUUGACAUUGUUCUGUAAGCUGAAGCAAGAUGGAUUCGAUAUGGUUCAUGUAGUUCCAAAUGCAAAUAUGCUUUGCUUUUCUCAUCGCAUUCCUGCAUUCAGGGUUCCGGGGAUCAAACGUUAUGGGAUACCAGAGGACUCCUGGCACCUGGAACCAAAUGCCUUGCCUCUUACAAUUGGUAACUGA